CGAAAAUUUUAAAACUAAUAAUACAGGAAUAAUUUGUUAACUCAUAUUAAACACAUUUUAAAUUAUUCACAACUAUUUAUUUUUACGUUUGACAUUUUUCCUCCGUUGAUGCUAGCUGAUGUUGCUACCUACUUCCGCUUUACGAUGUCAACUUCCGGAGCGACAGCAGGAGCUUCAUAGUGCCAACUUUCAGUUUACAGCCACUAAAUUAUGGACAGAAUACAUGUGCCCCCUGUGGGCCCUAUGGACCUUCCUCUGUCUCUGCUGGAGAUGGGAUGCUCUGGCAGGUUUGAACUCAUCACAUACCCAGUUCCUGGCCAACCUUUACCUCCCCAGAGCACAGUUACUUCCCCAUGGGCUUCCUCCCACCAGCCUGAACCUGGAGACCGAAGUAGAGAAACGUUUUCUACGCGACCCUUCCUGGCUUCCCCUUCAUGACACAGACUUUGCGUUUCAGAAGUUCAUGAAAGUGAGUCAAAGGAAGCCUGAUGUGGACUCUUUGCUCAACUGUACUCCGUCUCCUCUUCACUCUGGGAUCUCUGUCAUCAGAGACCCAACCACUGGGAUGCUGCUGGAUUUCACAGAGGUUUUACAGGAAAACAUGGGCCUUUCAGCAAAAAACUCUCUGUCACUUCAGCGCCAGCCUGGGCCUCCAUCAGAGAGCCUCAGAGGAAGCAACACUAACUACCCCUUCCUCCCUGGAGGGAUGGAGGAGCUGACUCUGGAGCAGAUUAAGAAGAAUUCUGAGCUGGAGGAGGAGAUAGACUUUGAGAACGAUUUACUGAAAGUCCCUCCUGGAUUUAAAGCUGGAAUGGAUUUCACAAACAAAGAUGCAAAAGUAGCAAAGUCCGAGGUGAACCUCAUGUCUCUGCUGUCGACUUUGGAUGAAAUUUCUAAUCUGCAGCCAGACACAGAGGAGAAAGAGGGAGACAAACAAACAGAAGAAGCCGUUAAAUUACCCAGAACUAACAGUCUUGAAGACUUGGGCAUCAAGGAUGCUACACCGUCCUCAAUCCCCUCAGAAGCAGGAAAUAAGGACAAACAGAACCCAGAGGAGAAGAAGAAGUGGGCCAUUCCCGUGGACAUAACAUCCCCCUGCCAGGAUUUCUACAAACGCAUCCCCAGCCCAGCGUUCAAGUGGCCCUUUGAGCUGGACACUUUCCAGAAACAGGCCGUGCUGAAGCUGGAGGCUCACGAGUCUGUGUUUGUAGCGGCGCACACGUCAGCUGGCAAAACCGUGGUGGCCGAGUACGCUAUCGCUCUGUCACAGAAGCAUAUGACAAGAACCAUCUACACGUCUCCCAUCAAGGCUCUGUCCAAUCAGAAGUUCAGAGACUUUAAAACCACCUUUGGUGAUGUCGGACUCCUGACGGGGGACGUCCAGCUCAGUCCUGAGUCCUCUUGUCUCAUCAUGACCACCGAGAUCCUCCGGUCGAUGCUUUACAACGGCUCAGAGGUCAUCAGAGAUUUGGAGUGGGUGAUCUUCGAUGAGGUUCACUACAUCAACGACGCUGAUCGAGGAGUCGUGUGGGAGGAGGUGCUGAUCAUGCUCCCCGACCACGUCAGCAUCAUUCUCCUGAGCGCCACGGUGCCCAACGCGCUGGAGUUCAGCGAGUGGAUUGGUCGCAUCAAGAAGAGACAUAUUUACGUGAUCAGCACCAUGAAGAGGCCCGUUCCUUUGGAGCACUACCUGUACACUGGGAACAGCACCAAGACGCAGAAGGAGCUGUUCCUGCUGCUGGACGCUGCUGGGAACUUCCUCACUAAGGGGUACUACUCAGCUGUGGAUGCAAAGAAGGAGCGCACCAGCAAACACGCUCAGUCUUUUGGUGCAAAAAGUUCUUCUAAAGCCACGUCGGCCAGUCAGGACAGAGCGGUGUGGCUCACCCUCCUGCACUUCCUGUCCCAGCGGCAGCAGACCCCAGUGGUGGCCUUCACCUUCUCUAGGACCCGGUGUGAUGAGAACGCCCGCUCGCUGGAGUCCAUGGACCUCACCACGUCUGUAGAGAAGGCGGAGAUCCACUCCUUCUUCCAGAAGAGCCUGAGCCGUCUUCGAGGAGGCGACAGGCAGCUGCCGCAGAUUUUGCUCAUGAGGGACCUCCUAAAGAGAGGCGUCGCCGUUCAUCACAGUGGAAUUCUGCCCAUCCUGAAGGAGGUCAUCGAGAUGCUCUUCUCACGCGGUCUCGUUAAGGUGCUGUUCGCCACCGAGACGUUUGCGAUGGGAGUGAACAUGCCCGCCAGGACCGUGGUGUUCGACAGCAUCAGGAAACACGACGGCACCGGCUUCAGAAACCUGCUGCCGGGUGAAUAUAUUCAGAUGGCGGGCAGAGCAGGUAGGAGAGGUCUUGACGCCACAGGAACGGUGAUCAUUCUGUGUAAAUCAGGUGUUCAUGACAUGGCUGAGCUCCACGCCAUGAUGAUGGGUAAACCAACCAUCCUCCAGUCCCAGUUCCGGCUGACCUACACCAUGAUCCUGAACCUGCUGCGAGUCGAAGCUCUCCGCGUGACGGACAUGAUGAGGAGGAGCUUCUCAGAAAGCCACAGAGACACUCAGGCUCACGAGAAGAAGAUCAGCCAGCUGAAGAAGUCGUUGGCGUCUCUGCCUCCUCAGGACGCAGAGGGACAGCUGUCGGACAUUUUGCCGUAUUACCACACGGUGACGGAGCUGAGGACCACUACAGAAGCCAUCCAGCGAGCCAUCCUGGACUCUGUGAACGGACUGAAAGCUCUGUCUGUAGGUCGAGUCGUAAUCGUCAACAACAAACAGCAUCUCAACGCGCUGGGAGUCAUUCUGCAGGUGUCCAACGACGCAGUGAACCGCUCCUUCACAGCUCUCAUCAUCUGUGAGAAGGGCAACGAGGAAGGAGAAGGGAAAGGCAGCGGCGGCACAGCCUUCCCGCACCGCUACAGCACGGCUCUGUUCAUACCUGAAGGUCCGUGCAGCCACACGGUGCAGAAGUUAAAGCUGCAGGACAUUUCCGGCAUCACUGUGAAAACCCUCAAAGUGAUUCCUGACAGGAUCAUCGACAACUUCAGCAAACGGCAGCAACCACGAUUCAGGAGUGACCCUCCUGGCCAGGCCAUCUCCACGGCGACGCAGGAGCUGCUACAAUUGGCUGAGGCAAACCCUGGAGGAAUAGCGACCCUUGACCCCGUUAACGACCUCCAGCUGAAGAGCGUGGAGGUGGUGGAGGACUGCAUGAGGCUCCGAGUGCUGCAGGCGAGCCUGAAGGAUUUCAGCUGCACCCACUCGCCCACCUUUGCAGAGCAGUUUGCUCGUAUAAGAGAGAGGAUGAGUGUGCAGGAGGAGUUGGACCGGCUCCUGUUCCUGGUGUCGGAUCAGUCCCUGACUCUGCUGCCCGAGUACCACCAGAGGAUCCAGGUCCUGCAGUCGCUGCAGUACGUGGACGGCAGCGGCGCGGUGCAGCUGAAGGGCCGCGUGGCCUGUCAGAUCAGCAGCCACGAGCUGCUGCUGACCGAGCUGCUGUUCGAGAACGUCCUGAGCCCGCUGGCGCCAGAGGAGAGCGCCGCCCUGCUGUCCUGCCUGGUCUUCACCCAGAACACGCAGGUGGAGCCGCACAUCACCAGCACGCUGAAGGAGGGCAUCGAUCGCGUGCUGUCAGUGGCUCAGCGGAUCGGAGAGCUGCAGAGGGACUGUGGGAUACCGCAGACAGCGGAGGAGUUCAUCGCACAGUUCAAGUUCGGCCUGACGGAGGUGGUGUACUGCUGGGCCCGGGGCAUGCCGUUUGCUGAGAUCGCCCUGCUGACAGACGUCCAGGAGGGGACGGUGGUCCGCUGCAUCCAGAGGCUGGACGAGGUGCUGAAGGAAGUGCGACAGGCCGCCCGCAUCGUGGGAGACUCCGUCCUGGGGAGCAAGAUGGAGCAGGCCUCGCUGUCCAUCCGCAGGGACAUCGUCUUCACUGCCUCGCUCUACACCCACUGAGGGCUUUCCACAGCAACGAUGAAGAUGCUGGUGGACGUGAAAGUGCCUCUGUGUGUGAGAGGUGUGAAGAGUAAUGCACACGAGGGAGGUGGAUGUUCAGUUCUGUAUGUGCCUACUGAGAAAUGUGUUUACAUGAGCAUUCUUGAGUUUAACCAACAGACCAAAGUACAGACUGUGAAAAACAGAUUUAAACUGUAAUUUAUUGUACGAUAAUAAACUCCCGACUCCAAAAGAACAGUAGUGGUUACACCGAAAAUGACAACGUGGACCAAUCAUCAGGGUUCCGGUGUUUUUGUGCUUGGUGGUUGAAGAUGAGACCGAGCAAAAUGUUCAGCAUCGCUAGCAUGUCUUCCAUUGCUAGCUUAGAGGUGUGUGUUUCUGUGUACACAUCACGUUUCUCUACUUUUCGGAUUCUGGGGCCGCCCUGCUAUGAUGAGCCCACCCACUUUCUCUAUUACAGUAACGGUAAACCCCUCAAAUCAGAGUUAGGGUUAAAGGCCAAGUUCACUGUUGUUAUUUUUUAAAUAAGAUCAGCCACUCUAAGGCCUAGUCCACACGUAGCCGUUUUUUUUUUUAAACGGAUAUCCGCCCCUCCAAAAACUUGCAUCCACACCACCUCGUUUAAAAAAAAACUGUCCACACGUACCCGGAUAAAUACGUUGUUAAGGACAUGCCAGACCUGUAGGCGGCAGUACUUCCCCCGUUCUUAACCUCGUCCUUCGUCUGUGGUCUUCCGCAAGGAGCAGUAAUUCCGCUUGCAACAACAAACAAGCAAAAAGCGCUCGGACGAUUGAUAAAGCGAGCGCAGCUCUGAGGGCAUCCAUGCUGUCGGCUAGUGUAAACACAGGUCGCACACGUGAUGUCAGCAUUUAUUUGUCGCGGAAAGUGACGAUGCGGACCUUAAAACUCCGGUUUUGUCUGUCCACACGCAGACACCCAAAACGGAGAAAACGCAGAUCUUCACUUUGGCCGGAGUUUUAAAAAAACUCCGUUUUCGUGUGGAUGACAGGCCAAAACGUAGAAAAAUAUCUACGUUUUGGCAGAUCCCCGGCUACGUUUGGACAGGGCCAAAGUUUAACGUGCAGGCUUAACGUGAAAAUGUUCUUCUACCUAAUUUCCUAAAUUAGCCGCCGAUAGAAGAUAGACGAGGAAAUGCUUGGUUUAGAAAAGCCAGCCAAAUACAAGUCACAUUGUAAAAUAAAAUUCAUGGACUCACCCAUCUUGGCUUGUGAUGAGGAAGGCUGUUGUUUAUGGAUCUAGGAUUGGGACAAUAUUACAUGUAACUUGUAGUAAGUUUUGUUACUUGUAACAUGUUUUUGUUUUGUAGCAUGUUAAUCUCAUUUUGUAACAUGUAAUUCUUGCUUUGUAACACAACUUUUGUUUUGUAACACCUAACUGUUGGUACGUAACUUUAAUUUUGUAUCUUGCAGAAAAAAAAUCAAUGUACACAUUUCAAAUCACAGCUCUCAAAAAACACACAUCUCACUCUAUAGUUACAAAACUACAAGUACCGGUACAAAAUAUAUUGUCCCAAUUCUAGCUUCCUUCCCAAAGAACCAAUGACAGGCUUUGUCUGAUCAGCCAAUCAAGAGUCUUGGAUUCCUGUCCAGUCAUGGCAAGAGGGCAGAGGUCUGUUGUGCUGUCACAUCCAGACUUGCUUAAGAUUUCCCUCUUUAACAGUAAAUCACAAACAAAGUUUUAUGGAACCUGAUAUUAGUCUAGAAUAAUCUAGUCCAGGUUUGAAGAAUCUAGGUGUUGUAGUUUUAUAAUAGUUGUAAACUAAAGAGGCUUUGGGCGAGGAAAUUUUGAGUGGAAUUGCCCUUUGCAAAGCAGGAACCAGAAAUUGGAACCAACUUCAGCUUUGUGAGAACUUGACAGCGGCCGUGUUCAAGAUGAGCCAGUUCUGCGCAGAUUAGAUCACCGGUGAUCGGCGGGCAGUGCAUGCCGGUUAGAUUUGUGUCCGACUCGACGCCGACUUGCUCUGACGCCAUGCAUACGUAGGCAACGAUAACCUCGUGAGAUCAAGGCGGCCGCAGAUUUUGGAUCAAGGCGCUGCAGUUGCUCUCCACCAGCUGCAGAACCAUAGGGGAUGACGGGAAACGCCUGGCUCUCACCUGAUCUAAGAUCUGUUUGGUUCAUAUUUUGAUCCAAACAUCCGGUGGUAGAACAUGAAAUGCUAGUUGGUCACAUGUAUUCUGUAAAUCAUGUUACGUUGAUGAUGACAACUAUAUUAGGGGCAGCAGUAGCUCAACAGGUAGAGUGGGUUGUCCAGUAAUUGGAAGGUUGCAGGUUCGAUCCCGGCUCCGGACAGAGAAUUCUCCUGUUGUGUCCUUGGUCAAGACAUUUAACCCACCUUGCCUGCUGGUGGUGGUCGGAGGGACCGGUGGCGCCUGUGCUCGGCAGCCUCGCCUCUGUCAGUGCGCCCCAGGGCAGCUGUGGCUACAUCGUAGCUCCUCACCAUCAGUGUGUGAAUGUGUGUCUGUGAAUGGAUGAAUGAUACACUGUAGUGUAAAGCGCUUUGGAGUCCUUACUCUGAGAGGCGCUGUACAAGUGCGGGUCAUUUAUCAUUUUAUAUAGGCUAUAAAGAGAAAUGUGUUUAGUUUUCUUUUGUCACGUUUCCUAUGAGCACACUAAACCUACAGCUGAUAACCUUCACUUAUUAUUACAGUCGUGAACGCUAACGCGAUAUCUUCAUCCAUCGUCACCCGCGAGCUACACAUGCAGGAAAUUGUGUCCGACUUAAACGCCGGCAUUCAGCCACUCCCCCUGCUGCUUCCAUCUGCUCUCGUCUGUUUUCCAGGCGAGGCGCUGCUCAACUCGAACACGGCCUAAGUUAGGUUGUUGUGAGCAGACCAGUAGCCAACACCCACUGACCUCUGCCCACCUCUACACCCGCUAUGAUUGAACAGAAAUCUGAGACUUAUGAUUGGCUUAUAAGACAAAGCCUUUCAUUGGUUCUUUUGGAAGCGAACCAGAAUUGGGACAAAAUGUUUUGUACUUGUAGAUUUGAGUUUUGUAACUGUAGACUGAGAUUUGUGUUUUGAAAGUUGCGAUUUGAAACUUGUACAUUGAUUUUUUUUCUGCAAGUUACAAAAUUAAAGUUUCAUGUUACAAAAUAAAA